AUGGCUAAAAGGGCAGUGCUAAUAGGGUGCAACUAUCCAGGAACAAAAGCUGAGCUAAAAGGGUGCAUUAACGAUGUGUGGAGGAUGCACAAAUGUCUCAUUGAAAAAUAUGGAUUCUCAGAUGAGGAUAUCACUCUCCUCAUUGACACUCACCGUUCUUACACCCAACCCACCGGAAAAAACAUUCGAUGUGCCAUUUCAAAGAUGGUUCGAUCAGCUCAACCUGGUGACGUGCUCUUUGUCCACUAUAGCGGUCAUGGCACCCGUCUUCCUGCUGAGAUCGGGGAGGACGAUGAUACUGGCUAUGAUGAGUGCAUUGUUCCCACAGAUAUGAAUCUCAUCACUGAUGAAGAUUUCAGAGAUUUUGUAAAAAGGGUACCUAAAGGUUGUAGGAUCACAAUUGUAUCCGAUUCUUGUCACAGCGGAGGAUUGAUAGAAGCGGCAAAGGAGCAAAUAGGAGAUAGUACAAAGGAAGGAGGACAUAGUUCAUCCUCAGGCUUCAAAAAUUUACUUAAAAGAACUGUGGAAGAUACCAUGAAGUCUCGUGAUAUUGGAGAAAAACACGAUCUUCAUCAUUGGGACCAUAGCUAUGUGAAGAAUAGGUCUUUGCCACUUUCAACUCUUAUUGAAAUGCUAAAGCUGAAAACUGGAAAAGAUGAUAUAGAAAUUGGAGAAUUAAGACCUACCCUAUUUUAUAUCUUCGGGGAAGAUGCUAGUCCUAAAGUGAAGAAUUUCGUUAAGUUUGUUUUGAACAAACUUAAACAUGGAGGUGGUGAGAAUGAAGGUCAUGGAGGAAUUUUGGGGCUGGUGAACAAUCUUGCUGAAGGGCUUCUUAAACAUAUGCUGCAGAUUGACGACAAUGAGGAAAACGAAAAUCCUGUCGAGCCUGCAGAAGAAGCAUAUGCUACAUCAACUAAGCACAACAUUGUAGAUAGUGGAAUUCUACUGAGUGGUUGCCAAACUGAUCAAACUUCAGCAGAUGCAAGUCCUAAUGGAAAUUCUGAUGAAGCUUAUGGGGCGUUUAGUAAUGCCAUACAAGCUAUAAUUACGGGGAAAGAUGUAGUUACAAAUCGAGAGCUUAUCUUGAAGGCUAGGAAGAAACUUCAUAGGCAAGGUUAUACUCAGAAGCCAGGACUGUAUUGUAGUGACAAUAAUGUCGAUGCUCCUUUUAUAUGUUGA